AUGGAACAUAUAUCAAAUUUUGAUAUUAAUGAAGCAAUAAAAUUAUUCGGUGAAUUGGUAUCAGCUAAUAAGGAAAUACCAAAGGACUCAAUGCUUAAUAUGUUAGUUGCACUUGUAAGUUACAGUGAUGUUAAAGUAAUAGAUGAUGUAUCCGUAUUUGCUGAAAAAUGGGCUGAAAAUCUAUAUUGUCCGUCUGCUUUGGAAAUUUAUAAUACAUUAAUUUCAGGUUGCGUUAAACGAAAGGAUUUCAAAAGUGCUUAUUCAAUAUUGGAAAUUAUGCGACGUAAAAAUCUGAAACCCAGUCAUGUAACUUAUAAUAUAUUAAUAAAUCUUUGUGCAAAACUUGAAAAGAAGAAAGAAGCUGAAGCUUUAUUUCGAGAUAUGUUAAAAGCAAAUAUUCAACCAAAUGUCAGAACUUAUUCUAGUCUUUUUGAAGUAUGUGGGAAAGUAAAAGAUAUAUCUUCAAUAGAAUAUUAUUUUAAACAUAUGAGUCAAAGAGGAGUUAAACCUAAUCAUCAUACUUAUAGUAUUUUAAUCACAGCCUAUGGUCGAGCAGGACUUUGUAAGGAAGCUAGCCGAUGGUUUUAUCAUAUGGUGGUAGUAUCUAAUUUAUCACCAAAUCUAAUAACUUAUACAUCUUUAAUGGUUGCAUGGAUGCAAAAAAAUGGCGUUAAUGAACAAGUUGUGGAUAGAAUAUUUAAAGACAUUAAAAAAGCGGGAAUAGAACCGGAUGUUAUCGCUUAUAGCGCACUUAUUACUGCUAAAGCAAGAUGUCAUAAGUAUACUGAAGCUGUCCGUGUUUAUCAAGAAAUGCUUGCAAAUAAUAUAAAGCCUACAGUUGUCACAUAUUCUGCAUUAAUUGAUGCAUCUGUUACGUUAGGUGAUUUAGAUACAUCACUCCGAAUAUUUGAUGACAUGAAAAAAACGGACAUUGUACCAAAUGAGUACAUAUAUUGUAGUAUAAUGAAUGCAUUUAUCAAUCAAAGAAUGCUUUCAAAAGCAUUUGAUACCUAUCAAACAAUGCUAGCGCAGGGUGUUCAACCAGAUGCAACUUGCAUCAACUGUUUGAUGGACGCUUGUAAUAGAGAGCGACAAAUAGAUCGUGUUUUUGAGUUAUAUAAUGGUUUAGUCAAGGAUUCAAAACUUGGACCUGAUGAACAUACAUUCACAAUUUUCCUUGAUUCGUGUGCGCAUAAUGGUCGUGUGAAUGAAGGAAAGACAUUUUUCACAAAUCUUGUGAAUAGCUACUAUCCGCUCAGCGAACGAAAUUUCUAUGCUUAUAUUAACUUGUUAGGAAUAAAUCAUUAUGGACAUGAAAUAAUUGAUAUAAUAAGAUUAAUGAAGAAAAGACGUGUAAAACCAAGUAGAAUUACUGUUUUGACGUCUAUAAAUUAUAUUUAUGAUGCAGAAAAGGUCGAUCAUUUUUAUUUAAUGAAGAAUAUUCUAGAAGGAUGGGUUGAUAAGGAUGUUAUUCCCCGUUGGCAGCAGAUUAUCCAGUUUAGAAGACGACACCGCUAG